UGUACAUUGCUUGUCAUUGUCAAUUUCUAAUUUUUGCUUCUAUACAAAACGACGCGGCGUUUAGCAUUUCGCGGCUUUUAGUUCAAUAAUACUAAAAUAAAACACUAACAUGGCGGCGGCUAUGCCUAUUAACCCUAAACCAUUCCUCAACAGCCUUACGGGCAAGUCAGUUCUUGUUAAAUUAAAGUGGGGUCACGAGUAUAAAGGCUUAUUGGUUUCAGCAGAUGGAUACAUGAAUCUACAAUUAGCCAACACAGAAGAAAUUGUUGACGGAUCAUGUACAGGUAAUCUUGGUGAAGUUCUUAUAAGAUGCAAUAAUGUGUUAUAUGUUAGAGGAGCGGAAGAAGAAGAUGAGGAAGGUGAAAUGAAAGAAUAAAUUUAGAUAUUAUUUUUCGUGUAAAAUUAAAUAAGGAAUGUACAUUUAAAUAUUUCUAUCCAUCCCACUACUAAAUAGACUUAUAAUAAGUGAGAAAAAUCCUAAACUUCUAUGUUACUAUCUGAUGGACAAAAGUCUAAAUACCAAGUUUUUAACAAAACAAUAAGAAUGGUUAUUGCAAUUGUCAAAAUAAAUAUUGUAAGUUGUUAAUUAAGGUCUUUUACCAAAAGUAAAAGUAAUUAUAAUACUUAAGUUGUAACUCAUUUCAAUUGAUAUAUUGAAAAUGUGAUUUUUCCACCUAAAUAUAAGAUUAAAA